AUGUCACGGGAGAUCGCAGUGCCUUCCCCGAAAACUGCAGCGACCUUGCCAGUUGAGCUGGAGGCUGCUUACGAUUGUGAUAGCACACCAUCUGGCUCAGUGCAUUCGAAAGACAGCGACAAAGAGUCUGUAGACGGGGCACUGACCAAUGGCAACGGCUUUCACAAGAAUCCACGGGACCCAGCGGAUGUAGGAGCCAUUCCUUCCACUGUGCCGCGCCGGUGCUCAGAUCUUGGUUGGUGCGUGGCAUAUUUUGCCUUCACUGCAGCAGUGGCCUACCUGGUUGUUUGGGUUUGGCCACGGGGACAGCCCGGUGCCUUGCUGAAACUGGCAGAUUGGCAAGGAGAGAAGUGUGGCCUGGGCUCCAACAAAGACAAACCUUUGCUGUUCUUUUGCCCUCAUGCUCAUGAACCAGACCGUUUGCAGAUGUGGUAUCCCAUUUGCGUGAAUCAUUGUCCCGAGGGGGAGGUAGUGAUUUGCCCGAAGAAUCUGAACCAUGAACCGACAACCACUACUACGACGAAGGCUACAACCACUGGGGGUUUCUACCAGUCCAUCCAUGAAGGAAACAAUGGUGGACUGCCAUAUCCGCCAUAUUCUCUGGCUGGUGGAUACGAGCGAUAUCCUCAAAGGACUGCCUUUGACUACCCGUACUACCGACCGCGGCCGAAGAACUAUGUUCCAGUGAUCUACCCCAAAUCCUUUUCGCAAGAUGAGGAACCUCAGUUUGGAGCGCAGCCCGAAGAACCAUGGGGAAGUCCGGAGAUGAAUUAUGCCUUGCCUCCUGCGAUCAGGGCCGGCCAAUGGCGCGACUGGGCACAGCGAGCACCAACAGCAACAGUACCAACCACAGCUCCAGAGGCCAUUCCCACAGGCCGCAGGAUGUCGUACCUGCCUUUGUUGCGGGCUAUUGGUCUUCUGAGGGGUCUGAAGAAUCAGAAGUCGGUGCCCCAUCCGAACAAAAUUGUGUACAGCGAUUGGCGGGGCAACUUCACUUUGUACCGCGCCAAGUCGUACGCCUCAGCGGCCUUUGUGGACAUGGUCUGCAAGCCUUGGGAGCACACGCUGGAAGAUCAAGUGCAAAGCUGGAUUGACAAGACCCCGUUAGUCAACACCUGGGCCACUCUGAUCAACUCCUACUGGCCCUUGCUGGUUGCAGCAGGAACUGGUGUCGUGAUGAGCUAUGUGUACAUCACACUCCUUCGCUUUCGUGCUGCAAUGCUGGUGAACAUGGGCAUGUUCAUUCUAGUCCUGGCACCUCUGACCACUGGUGCAUACUUCCUCUGGUGCUGGAAGAGAGAUGGCCAGUGCUGGGGAAGCACUGGCGAUCGAUUUACUGAUGGGGUGACAGCUUUGGCUGGGAUGCUGGUAGGAGUGACCUUCAUGACCAUCUCUUGGCAUUUGCAGCAAGAUAUCGCACUGGCAAUUGACUGCAUCGAAAUGUCCUGCAAAGCUGUAUUGGAGACGCCUUCCCUGAAGUUGGAACCCGUGAUGGCCUUGUUGUGUCGCGGAGUGGUGGAUUUUGGAUCCAUCUAUGUGGCGGCUUUGAUUUUGACCUGCGACCUUGCGAAUGAUGAGGUCAGAAGGAGAGAAGAGCGGUGGAUCAUCCCACCCCAAUCUCUGCAUCAAAUCUUUAUGCUGGCCACUGUGGCCUUUUGGUGUUUAUGGACUAAUUGGAUCAUCACUGCAAUCUCUGACUUUGUCAUCAUGUAUACCACUGAACUCUGGGUCUUUACUGGUGGUCUCACACGACGAGGUGGGCAUGCGCCAUGUUGCUCUUUAUUGCGUGGCUACUUCAUUUGCUUGAGAUAUCAUUUUGGCACUAUCAUCCUUGGGAGUUUGAUCGUGGGAGUUGCUCAGCCCUUCCGCCUUGUUACGGGAGUCCUAGCUGGUAUGGUGCGACUGGAACGAAACUCCAUGGGUAUUUUCAGCUGUUUCUGCAGCUGGAUGGUGGAAGCACAUGUCAUUUAUUUGGAACCUUGGUGCCGCAAUGCCUACAUGGACGUGGCCCUCAAUGCCCUUUGUUUCUAUGAGUCUGCCUUGCAUACCGCAUGGGUCAAUCACGAAUACAUGAAUGUUGUGAACAUUUUAAAUGGUGCCACCUGGCUAUUUCAACUAGCCGGACUCGGUGCCAUCACUUCGUUGGGUCACUUGCAGACCUGUGUCAUCAUCAAGUACUAUCCAGGUUUUGAAGAUCCCUUUAGCCCGGAUUAUGUGCAGAAUCCCUUUCUCCUUUCGCUUUGUGGAUCAGCCGUUGCUUUCAUCAUGGCCUUUCCCUUCAUGAUGAUUUUUGACACAGUGUCUGACACCAUCCUCUUCGCAUAUAUCGUGCAAAAGAUGCGAGAGGAAAAACAAGAAGAGCACACCAUUUACACACGUGCGUGUGGAUUGGUUCAUACCGUGGAUGAUUUUAUGGGCUUGGGCUGCUUGGAUCAGCGCCAGAAGGACUACUCGAUGCCAACGUUUUUUUUGGACAUCGACGAAACUGAGGAAGAUGUACAUCGCAAGGACCAUGCUGCAGGGCCAUAA